AUGGCGAAGAAGAAAUCAGGGACCAAUAAGCCUCCGUCGCACCUGAAAGCUGAUAUACGUCAAGCUGUUAGGGAUAUGUACACGAAGAGGGGCCAGGUCGACAACGAAGCAAUCAAAUCUAAUUUCGUUGCCAAAUACCCAGGCCAGAAGAGUCAUAUCACCCAAAUCGUGGUCGACUAUGCUUUCGCUCUGCAGCACCCUAGUGGAAAGAAAAUAGAGACACAGGCUGGGCCGUCAAAGACAUACAGAAGUCAGAAUAAGGGAGUAACUGAUCCUGCAACAUGUGACAGAAAAGCGAGCCCAGAGAAAGAAAUACGCAACGGCAUUGUGAGCAAAGAUAAAGAGAAAGAGAAAGAGAAAGAGAAAGAGAAAGAGAAUGCAAUUUUACAAGACUUCCAGGACUACCUUUCGGUCAACAGUGGAAAUGGAAGAGCUACAUAUUCCACUGCGUCGGCCGUGCCUUCUCUGGCAGAGCAGAUAUGCUUCCUGGAACCUAAGGAUCAAGACGAUGGCAUUCUCAUGGACCAUGAGUAUACUAAUAUUCAGAAUGCAGUUUUGAUAUCUUCUACUGCGAGCGUUAUGCCAGCUCAAUUUGCUCUUAUGGGUGGAUUUAGGGCUCAACCAUCAGUGUUGCCCCAGGAUCCUAGAGUUAUGCUAAACACAAACGUACCAUUCUCGGCCUUUAUAUGCGGGGUCCAAGGCAGUGGGAAAUCUCAUACCACGAGCUGCAUUAUCGAGAAUUGCUCCAUGUCAUUGCCCAUUUUAGGGGCUCUGAAGCAGCCACUAUCCACCUUGGUGCUCAACUUUAAUGAGUACACUUCGAAUGUCAGCGCCCAGCCGUGCGAAGCUGCAUUCCUCUCUUCGGUUUUGCCGGAAUGGUCGAAACAUGGACUCUCAAUCCCGGUUAGAGUCCUGGUGUCUCCGUCGAAUUUCUACAAUCUCAAGAAAAUAUACUCCCAGAUACCAAAUGUUGAGGUUCAACCAUUCAGACUCAAGCCACACCAUUUGAACAUCAGUGCAAUGCUAUCUCUCAUGUCCAUGGAAAAUGGUAGCCAGAUGCCCUUGUACAUGAGCCAGGUAGUCAGAGUGCUCCGCGAAAUGGCGAUUGAAAACAGGGGAGGAAAUUUCGAUUAUCUCGAUUUCAGAAGACGUCUGGACAAGCUUAAUCUAAACCGCAUGCAAACACCCUUUUUGCAUCAGAGAUUGGAUCUACUUGAUUCCUAUCUGGAUCUCAAAGGGGAGCACAAUGGUGAUUACUUCACCGACGGUGGCAUCACUAUCUUGGAUUUGUCUUGCCCAUUCAUGGAUCAGGCUGCCACGUGUAUCCUUUUCCACGAGGCUCACAAGUACAUGAGUGAAACACCAGCAGCCAAGGACUUGACCGAAACAUUCCUUAACAUUAUUCGCCAGCAACGCCACCUAGGGGUUCGGACCAUCAUCUCCACACAGGAGCCAACCAUCUCACCGCGGCUGAUUGACCUUUGCUCUAUGACAAUUAUCCAUCGUUUUACAAGCCCUGAGUGGUACAGGACGAUCAAGAAGCACGUACCUAUUGGCGACCAAAGUAACAUUCAGAGUUCCGAAGAAUCUUUUGAUGCGCUUCACGAGAUCGCACGUUUGCAAACCGGGGAGGCUCUGAUUUUUGCACCCUCUGCAUACCUCCUGGAUGAGAAAAGCUCUGCAAUCAACGCCGCACACAAAGUUUUCAAAAUGGCAGUUCGAAAGCGUAUUACCUGGGAUGGAGGAAGGACAAUUUUGUGUGUUCGUUGA